CCCACUCCUUACGAUGUUACACGUGCAAGGAACCAAUGGACAUUGCUGAGUGCAGAACAACCACCCUGUGCCCCCCGAAAGCCACCGUGUGCACAACAACGCUGCACUCCGUAGACACAGGUUACCCCUUUUUCGGCAACAUCACUGUAACUGAAUGCCGCUCCUAUGACGGGAUAGGGGCAAAAAAACCUAAGUCAUGUUGCUACACUGACCUCUGCACCGAUGACAACAGGAGCAGCAAUGGGGCGGGAAGGAGCUCUGCAGCGCUGGGUCUGGUGGCCAUGGUUGUUGGCACGCUCCUCCAGUGCUCUCUGUAA